AUGUAGAUGUCUGAUAGUGAAUUCUUUGCUGAUCUCAAAUAUAGACUUGAUUACUUAAAAAAACAGGAACUUAUGGGUGUUGAUAUUCAUGACAGAAACUUAGAAUCAAGUAAUUGUGAAUCAGAAAUUGAUCCUGACAAGGGUUUGGUCAAAAAAAAAUAGUAGAUUCAGAAUCACAACUAAUUAAGUAUGAAACUUAAAAUGCUCAAAAAUAUUAAAAUAAACUUUAAAGAACUUAAAAUAUAAGAUUUUGAAAUUCUUUCUACAUUGGGUAAUCAUUAUUAUUAUGCAAUAGGGACUGGAACUUUUGGUAGAGUCAGAUAGGCUAAGAUUAAAGGUGAUCCUGAGAAUUAAGUUUAUGCACUCAAAAUUUUAAAAAAAACAGAAGUAGUUAGACUCAAUUAAGUUGAACAUAUAAAAUCAGAAAAAGACAUAUUAACAUUCAUAGAGCAUCCUUUCAUCGUAAAAAUGAAAUCAUCGUUUCAAGAUUAGUUCUACAUCUAUAUGUUAUUUGAAUACAUUCAAGGAGGAGAACUAUUUAGUAGGUUAAGGAAGGAAGGCCGAUUUGCUAAUGAUGUUUGCUUGUUUUAUGCAACUGAAAUCUUGACGGCAAUGAUAUAUAUGCACAAAAUGUAAAUAGUGUAUAGAGACCUCAAACCAGAAAACCUGUUAAUAGCCAAGGAUGGUCAUGUUAAGAUUACUGAUUUUGGCUUUGCUAAAAAGAUAGGAAAUGGUAAAACAUACACCUUAUGCGGCACACCUGAAUAUUUGGCUCCAGAAAUCAUUAAAGGUUCAAAGGUUGGUUAUGGAAAAUCAGUUGAUUAAUGGGCUUAUGGCAUAUUACUAUUCGAAAUGCUAUCAGGGUAUCCUCCAUUCUACGAUAAUGAACCUAUUGGAAUCUAUAAGAAGAUCUUAUCAGGACUCAUAGAGUUUCCAAAAUUCUUUGAUAACAAAGUAAAAGAUCUGAUAAGAAAGCUCUUAAAUCCAGACAUCCAAAAUCGAUUAGGAUAUAAUGAUAAUGGGGAGUCAAUUAAGAAACAUAAAUGGUAUAGAGGAGUGGAUUGGGCUCGCGUAGACAAUAAGUAAAUUCCUCCUCCUUGGGUCCCUUACUUAAGAUCAGAGGAUGACGUUUUUUGGUUUGAAAAAUACCCUGACUCUACUGAUGCUCCCAAACAAUUACCACGUGAACUUUAACAUAUGUUUGAUGAUUUUUGA